AUGACGGGCCGAGGGACGGCGAGCCGUUUCUUGACCAGCGUCUUGCGGAACGGCGUGGGCCGCUACGUGUGCCAGCUCCAGCGCCUCACCUUGACCCUCAGCCGGAAUGCACUGGACUCGCGGGGCGCGAGAGAGUACAUUGAAGAAAAGGUGGUGGACUUUGCCAGGCAAAACCCUGGCAUUGUGUUCUACGUGUGUCCAAAGAAGGGCAGUCUUCCAAUGGUAACGGCUGAAUAUUUGAAUGGGGCUGUGGAAGAUAAGUAUUUAAAUAGUAAGACAGCAGAUGAGAUUGCAGAGAUCAUCCACAAGUUGGCCAACCAGUCCGGACUAGAGAUCAUACGCAUCCGAAAGCCUUUCCAUACAGACAACCCUAGUAUCCAAGGCCAGUGGCAUCCCUUCACAAAUAAGCCCAGCGUGCUCAAUGUGCAAGAAAUUGGUCAGCAGUGUCUUUCAUCACCACAAAAAUAAACCGAUGCUGGU